AUGGCAGCUCGGAUACACUCUGACAAUCUCAAAUGGGAUCAGUCUGAAGAACUCUACGAACAAGAUACGGCCAGGCUUCGCAAAACUUCACAAUUUGAAAAAGUCAAAGCUGUUGCAGAAACCGCGUUGGGCACGUCUCUCGAGCGCGCACCACCAUUGGUGACGGGCGGCUUCCACAUGCUCUAUCCCUUUCGACCGGACGGCGGAAGUCCUUCCGCUAAGAUCUUGGUCCGUGUACCAUUCCCGAGUCAAGGCAUUUUCCAUGAAGAGAAUCUAGCCAUGGAGGUCGCGACGGCGAGAUAUCUUGCCCAACACACUCAGCUCCCAAUCCCGAAGGUGUAUCAUUAUGGUGUUGAUCCUAGACCAGGCAUUGCCGUGCUCGAUCCGAAUAUGCCUGAAGGCAAGCUCAAGAGUCUCUAUCGCAAGAUGGCAGAAUGUGUGCUGCAGCUUGCGCAGCCUAGCUUUCCGUGCAUUGGAGCUCUUGUCGAAACAAGCCCCGGGUCAGGAUCUCAACGUAUAACCGGACGGCCCAUCACUCUGAACAUGAUCAACAUGGUCCAACUGUCUAACGUACCCAAAUCCAUCUUUCCGCCUAAAGGUACUACGUAUAGAACCACCGAUGAGUGGUACAUGGUCUUGGCUGAGCAGCAAAUGGCAACACUCCUUUUUCAGCACAACGAUAUUAUCUCGUCACGGGAUGAUUGCAGGACCAAGUACGUCGCGCGCCAGCUUUUUCGCAGGUUGGCCAAACAAGGCCGACUGUCGAGUUAUGGCUUUGCUGAAGAUGACUGGUCCGCCCGCGCUAAACACAGCCCUGCAACACUGCCAAUGCCCAGCAACUCGGGCUCGUUUCGCUUGUGGUGCGAUGACUUCAGGCCGGCGAAUGUUCUUGUUACCGAGAAUGAUGAAAUCGCUGCAGUCUUUGACUGGGAAUUCACGUUUGCCGGGCCGACGCAGCUCGUGCUAGAUCCACCCUGGUGGCUUCUUCUUGAUACGCCCGAUUCCUGGGACAAUGGGAUUGAAGACUGGGAGCAAAACUACGAGAAACGCCUCCCAACAUGGUUGUCAGCCUUGCAAGAGGCGGAGAAAGAAAUGAAGAAGUCAGGGACGCCCUUUCUUCUCUCAGCAUAUAUGCGAGAUAGCUGGGCCACGGGGCGUUUCUGGCUUAAUUAUGCCGCGAGGAAGAGUUGGGCAUUCGAUGCGAUUUACUGGAAAUAUCUAGAUGAAAAGUUCUUCGGUAAACGUGAUCCAAACAGCGGUGUGCCCAAAAGCAAGCUUUGGAAGACUAGAAUCCACCUUCUCAGCCCAGAAGAGCAAGCUGCCAUGGACACCAUGGUGGAAAUCAAGAUGGAGGAGUCAAAGGAACGGAUAUUGGUGGACUGGGAAGAUACAGAGGCAAGACAACGUUUGAAGUCAUUUUUGUUUGACUAG